ACAAUGGCGCCAUUAAAGAAGUAAUAUCCGUGCGCUGUUGUGGGUUGGGCGAGGGGAAAGGAGAAUUAGCAUAAGUGAGAGCGAGAGAGAGGGGCGUCUUCUGUUGUCGAUCGCAAGCAGACCUAGCCGAAGCAGAAGCACAGAUCCAGAAGAAGAAAGAUGCAUUCGACCCACCUUCUCCUGGAAGAACCCAUCAGGAUGGCCUCCAUCCUCGAACCAUCGAAGCCAAGUUUCUUCCCUGCCAUGACCAAGAUCGUGGGGACGCUCGGCCCCAAAUCCCGGUCGGUGGAGGUGAUCUCCGCUUGCCUCAAGGUCGGCAUGUCGGUGGCACGCUUUGACUUCUCGUGGGGGGACGUCGAGUAUCACCAGGAGACCCUGGAAAAUCUCAAGACUGCAAUCAAGAGCACCAAAAAGUUGUGCGCCGUCAUGUUAGAUACAGUGGGUCCAGAGCUGCAGGUUGUGAACAAAAGCGAGAAGGCCAUCUCACUUGAGGCGGAUGGUUAUGUUAUUUUGACACCAGAUAAGGAGCAGGAAGCAUCGUCUGAGUUGUUGCCUAUAAACUUUAGUGGAUUGUCAAAGGCGGUAAAGCCAGGGGACACAAUAUUUAUUGGCCAGUACUUGUUCACUGGAAGUGAAACUACAUCUGUUUGGUUGGAGGUUUCUGAGUUGAAAGGGGAAGAUGUACUCUGUAUAAUAAAAAAUACUGCUACUCUGGCUGGGUCACUCUUCACCCUGCAUGUCUCCCAAAUCCAUAUUGAUUUGCCAACACUUACUGAAGCUGAUAAAAUUGCAAUAGGUACAUGGGGUGUCCGCAACAAAAUUGACUUCCUUUCAUUAUCUUAUACGAGGCAUGCUGAAGAUGUUCGGCAAGCUCGAGAAUUCCUGUCAAAGUUAGGUGAUCUUUGCCAAACACAAAUAUUUGCAAAAGUCGAGAGCAUAGAGGGUCUAACACAUUUUGAUGAGAUUCUACAAGAAGCAGAUGGCAUCAUUCUUUCGCGUGGGAAUCUUGGAAUAGAUCUCCCACCUGAGAAGGUGUUUCUAUUUCAGAAGGCUGCUGUCUAUAAAUGCAACAUGGCUGGAAAGCCAGCAGUUAUCACACGUGUUGUUGAUAGCAUGACCGACAACUUGAGGCCAACACGUGCCGAAGCAACUGAUGUGGCGAAUGCAAUACUUGAUGGAAGUGAUGCAAUUCUUUUGGGUGCUGAAACACUUCGAGGAUUGUACCCUGUUGAAACUAUAUCGACUGUGGGUAGAAUUUGUUACGAGGCAGAGAAGGUUUUCAACCAGGAUUUGUACUUCAAGAAGACUGUGAAAUAUGUUGGAGAACCGAUGACCCACCUGGAGUCCAUUGCUUCCUCGGCUGUUCGUGCUGCUAUUAAAGUGAAGGCUUCCAUAAUAAUUUGUUUCACUUCAUCUGGUAGAGCUGCAAGAUUAAUUGCCAAGUAUAGACCCACCAUGCCUGUAUUAUCUGUUGUCAUCCCUCGGCUUAAGACAAACCAACUUCGAUGGAGUUUCAGUGGCGCUUUUGAAGCCAGACAAUCACUUAUAGUUAGAGGUCUUUUUCCUAUGCUCGCUGAUCCUCGUCAUCCUGCUGAGUCUACCAGUGCCAGCAAUGAGUCAGUUUUGAAGGUUGCUCUUGAUCAUGGCAAGGCCUCCGGUCUGAUCAAGUCUCAUGAUCGAGUUGUCGUCUGCCAGAAAGUUGGAGAUGCUUCAGUGGUCAAAAUUAUCGAGUUAGAGGAUUGAAGAGCUGUUUUCUCGCAAAUUCCGAACAGGAGGUGGCUGAACUAUUGACUAUUUCUCUUUUUGUGUUUACCUAGAUGUUUCCUCAAAUAAACCAUAAUCCAACAAACAAACAUCUGAUGUUGGUAAGUUUCCGAAUUGCUGUGCAUAGAUUUGUGCAAAUACCCACAUCAGUUACUAGUGUUUACUCGAAUGAGGGAUUGCACAGACACUGGUUUUCAUUGUGCCACUGCAACAAUUCUCCUCUAUGUUGAGUCUGAAUUAUAUUCUUCCAA